CCCCGAGCCUCCGUACUCAGGAAGCAGCAGCCUGUUAGCUGUGCUGCUGUUAGCUUGUACAGCACAAGGGCAGAGGCUCUUUGGAGUUAUUUCUAACAAGUUUUACUGUUUAAUUUUAUUUAUACAGACUCAUUCAGUUGUUUUCUCUGCCGCGAACCUGAAGAUGCCUCCCAAACCUCUGGAACCUCUGGCCAAGAGACUCAUGAAGGGAGUGAUCGCGCUGGAGCUGCUGGGCGUCUUCGGGGUGUACGGUCUGUUUCACACGAUGAACAACAGUCAAGAUUUCAGGAACACCAUGAAGAGGAGGUUCCCGUCAGUGCUAGAAGUUUACUACCAGUCCAACGAGUGGGCGGGGGUCCACGGCAUCCGAGAGAGAGACCACGAAGCCUGGUCGGCCAAACAGGACUGAGGGCGUCAAGUCGGGUUAAAAAACAACAACAAACACACAGCGGCUCCUACUUCUUCCUCUUCUUGUUGCCGAACGUCUUGCCUCCCGCCUUGGCUCGGCCGAACACCUUCUUCCUGUUGAAUGUGGCCUUCUUCCUGCGCAGUGUCUUGGCGUCGCGGCCGUGGACCCAGUCGUCGCGCUGAGCCUCCCACUUCAACUGCUUCUGGCCUGCGGGGACGAACAGGAAGUGUUAGAAAAGACAAGCAGAGGACGUCAACAUCAGUGCCUCCGACCUGUUCCUCUAGCCCCGCCUCUGGAUUUAUGGAUCUGAUGUGAGCCCACAGUGAGAAGUGAUUCAAAUGAGAAGGCUGGUGUUAUUGAAUGAUUUUCUUACUGUCAACAAAUCCCAUGAAAAGACCAAAACCAUGAACAUGUUAGUCCGUCUCUCAAGACUUCCUGUCUGUGACUCUGUUUCAAGCCUCCUCAGUAAUUUCAUAAAACAGCUGCUCACUGUAGUUUUUAACAAAUGUUACUCAAACAGCAGGAAAUGGUGCCUUUACUGGGGACUAUUUUCAGCGGCGGUUGAAUCCACAUGUGGUUCUCUAGUGUGUGUUUGGUGCAGCAGGACGGCGUAUGUGGGACUGAGUCAGAAUAAACUAUAGUGUGUGUGUUCGUGGCGAUGAGGGAACAUGUGACCCCGUGCAGCAGUGAGGCUCACUGAUGGGUUUAAUAGUUUCUAUAUGUUGGUUCGUCUUUUCAUGGAAUUUGUUGAUAACUGAAAGUAUAUUGAAUAUCACUAGACUCAUCUUAGAUUUAUCUACAGAGAAGCACCAGUAUUUGACCCUAACCUCUGUCUUAUUCUCAUAUUUUACUCGCCAUCUCUGUUGUUGAUGUUCUGGGAAACAUGGACUUUAACAAGAUAUAACGUUAAAUAGAACAAAAAUUUUAAAUGUCAAACCAUUUAUUAAAUUAAUUGGUUCUUAUAAAUGCUAAUUUAAAGUAGUCAUGGUCAGAUCGUCUUCAAGUCAGACUCAAAGCGUUUUAGAGGAUUAGUCUUUAAACUGUGUUUUUGUGGGAUAUUUGUGCUGCUUGUUUCCCAAAGCUGCAGAGUAAAAAUGUUAUGAUGACCAAUAAAUUAAUUCUCUCUUCAAGUAUAAAUCCACAAAGACUUUCUAAACGAGGCUCCUGGGCUGUGAGAAGUAGUUUAUUUAUAAAAAUGUGUCUGUUUGAAGCUGACUUUUGUCUCUGUGGAGAAGUUUUAUUAAACCUGGCUGGUAUCCAGCAAACGGAAUAAAAAACCUUCCUGUUGAUUC